AGGUCGUCACGAUGUUCGUCUUCAACUUUCUACGCCGAGGCCUCCUCGACGCCGACAAGCUGACCGUCGCGUCCAUGCUGGCGCUGCGCGUCCUCGUCCGCUCCGGCGACGUCCAGCCAGACGAGCUCGGCCUGCUCAUCCGCGCGCCCCUCGACCCGACGCCGUCGGUGAUGCCGGAGAGCAUGAGGAGCUGGCUGACGGAGACGCAGUGGGCGCAGCUGAAGUGCCUGGAGCAGCUGCCCACCUUCCGGACGACCUCCAGCUCCCUGACGCACUCCAUCGAGCAGGACUCCUUGGGCUGGAAGCGCUGGUUCGCGGAGGAGCGCGCCGAGGCCGUGGACCUGCCCCGCGGGCGCC